ACAGAACACUUCGCCUUAUUGAUAGCGUGGAUAUUUAACAAAAGAAUUUUUUAAAAUAUAAUUACAAAAAAAGAACUUGGUAAUAAUAUGGGUAACUUAAAAAAGCCUUCGGACAAAGUACCGAAGGAUCCAACUGUUUGGAUGACUUUCCAGAAGGCAAUGGCAGUUAAUUCCCCGUGGCCAGACAAAGAAGAAUUCCUGGACGUAGUUUACUGGAUGAGACAAAUUAUUGGCAUAAUAAUAGGUGUGAUAUGUGGAAGCAUACCUAUGACAGGAUUCCUAGCUAUGAUAAUUUUCGCCGCCUUAGAAGCAAUUGUUAUUCAAGUAUAUACAACAUCUUAUCAAAGUGUAGAUGUAGAUGAUCUAGGCGGAAUCAGUGAAGUUCUAAAAGAAGGUUUUAUGACUGCGUUUGCUUCAUUCUUAGUUACGUGGAUAAUAUUUUAUUCGGCUAUACAUAGUUGA